GCUCUAUCUUGCCUUGGUUCACACAUGCAAGUAAAAUGUGCAGUUAUUUCUCUUGUUAGUCUGCGGUCAACGUGAUAAAAGGUGUUUCCCAUAGGGCAGGUGGGGCAGCAACAGGUCUCAAAUGAACUACGCAGAGAAGUGUGUUUGUGUAUACGAACCAGCACAGAGAAAGUUAAACGGACGCGCCACUCAUGGAGAUCUCUGGCUUCUUUCUCUUGUUCUUCGUCAUCCUUAGCCGCGACGCCUUCGUAAGAAGCACCGAAGGAGAGUCGGACCGAAAGGCCACCCGGGAUGAGGCUGUACAAGUGCCAUCUUCAGAAGACGCAGGCGAAGUCUUGACCCCGUUGGGGCCAAGGUCAUGGCUGCCGGAGCAGAGGAAACGGUCACUCUUUAUACAAAGUCAAGGACAUAUCCAGCGGAAACAAGGAUCACCGGUCGCCGAGACGCCAGGAGACGGCGCCAGGGUCCCCGUGUUUCCUCAGGCUCCUUCGCCAGCUCUAGCUCCGGUUCCAGCCGCUCCGACGCCGCCGCCGCGCUUCUACAUCACCCGACUUGCGCCGGUGUUCAGAUCGUCGCAGUUCGUGGGCGCUCCGGGCGGCGUCAACGGCCUGUAUUCGCCCCCGACUACAGAACCUCACACUGGAUAG